AUGAGAUUCAUCGCUAUCAUCGCUUUCAGCUUACUGGCGUCACAACAAUGCAGGAGCAGAUCACUGCCAGAUGACGAUUCAGUGGUUAGCGUGUACGCAAAAGAUUCUUCAAGAGAUAGCAGCAGGUCUUCAGUAGCGUAUCUCAUAGCUAGUGGUCUCGCUAACAGAAUCGCUUCGCCAUUUGCUAAUUUAUUAAACUUCGGCAAGAAUGUAACAACAACAACGACGAAGCGACCGUUUCAUAGGAUUGAACUCUUCGACGAUAUGGAGCAUUCUUCUAAAUCUGACGUCAUACCAUUGAAGAAUGAAAUACCAAAAGACAGGGAUAUAGAAGAACUCUCAGACGACAGUAUCUUUAAGAAAACUGGUAAAAAGCCAGAGAAAAUAGUGCUGUUCUCGAAUUUCCUACCGAUGAAAGAGAAAUUAGAAUUAAACGGUACUGUGAACGAAGUGGAUGUUGAUAAUGAAUUCGAUUUAGAAUUUGGUGAUGAUGAUGAUGUCGUAGAUGAUAUGACGAGAUCAAAGGACGGUGGAAUUGUUUAUGUAUUAGAAGUAAUUGGCAGUAUAAUACAAUUGCUUUGGGGCGGUUUCUUGGCUUUGUUCCAACCUUCAUCGUCUUAGUUUAUGGAAUGAAUUAUUUAUUUUAUGGACUAACAGACAAACGCAAAUCUUGAUUCAUUUUUGCUUCUAUAAGAUAUUUUUGAUUAAA